UGUCCCGGUUCUGUGUGACUGGAGUUUAGGGAUCUGAGCAGUUUCACGGAUAUAUUUAUUAAAACUGUCAUGAAAAUAUCACUGGGACUCAGAUAAAAUCAUUCUACUGCAUUUGUGCCGCCUCAGGGAAGAUCCGAUCAUGUCCUCCGUCAACUCGGUCCACUGGUUCCGCAAGGGCCUCCGUCUCCAUGACAACCCGGCCCUGCUGGAGGCCCUGCGCGGCGCCCAAUCACUGCGCUGCGUUUACUUCCUGGACCCCUGGUUCGCCGGGGCCUCCAACCUGGGCGUCAACAGGUGGCGGUUUCUGCUGCAGUGUUUGGAGGAUCUGGACUCUAGUCUUCGUAAACUCAACUCUCGCCUGUUCGUGAUCCGCGGUCAGCCGGCCAACAUCUUCCCACGGCUCUUCAAGGAGUGGAAGGUGUCGCGGCUGACGUUCGAGUGCGACUCGGAGCCGUUCGGGAAGGAACGAGACGCUGCCAUAAAGAAGCUGGCGUCUGAGGCGGGGGUGGAGGUCAUCGUGAAGAUCUCACACACACUCUACGACCUCGACCGGAUCAUCGAGCUGAACGGCGGUCAGCCUCCGCUAACGUUCAAGCGCUUCCAGACGCUAGCGAGCAGCCUCGAGCCGCCAGAACCCCCGCUGGACCCGCCCACACUGGGGCUGAUGGGAAACUGUGUGACGCCCGUCAGCGACGACCACUCGGAGAAAUACGGCGUCCCCCUGCUGGAGGAGCUGGGGUUCGACACUGAGGGUUUGGCUCCUGCCGUGUGGCCCGGAGGGGAAUCAGAGGCUCUGAGACGCAUGGACCGACACCUCGGACCCGAUUCCACCGCGGCGUGGCAGGAGAACUUCGAGCGCCCGAAGCAGAACUCGAGUCCUCUGCUGGCGAGUCCGCUGGGCUUGAGUCCGUACCUGCGCUUCGGCUGCCUGUCCUGCCGCCUGUUCCACUGCAAGCUCACACAGCUCUACAAGAAGGUGAAGAAUAACGCAAACCCGUCCAUCUCUCUGUACGACAAGCUCUUGUGGAGAGAGUUCUUCUACACGGCCGCCACUAAUAACCCGCGCUUCGACCGCGCGGAGGGAAACCCGAUCUGCAUCCGCAUCCCGUGGGACCGCAACCCCGAGGCGCUGGCCAAGUGGGCCGAGGCCCGCACCGGGUUCCCCUGGGUGGACGCCAUCAUGACCCAGCUGCGGCAGGAGGGCUGGAUCCAUCACCUGGCCCGACACGCCGUCGCCUGCUUCCUGACCCGGGGAGACCUGUGGAUCAGCUGGGAGGAGGGCAUGAAGGUGUUCGAGGAGCUUCUGCUGGACGCGGACUGGAGUGUGAACGCGGGCAGCUGGCUCUGCCACUCCUGCAGCUCCUUCUUCCAGCAGUUCUUCCACUGCUACUGUCCCGUGGGAUUCGGCCGGAGGAUCGACCCCAACGGAGACUUCAUCAGACGUUACUUACCUGUCCUCCGAGAUUUUCCAGCCAAGUAUAUCUACGACCCCUGGAACGCGCCGGAAGACGUGCAGCUCGCCGCUAAAUGCGUGAUCGGCGUGGACUAUCCCAAACCGAUGGUGAACCACGCGGAGGCCAGUCGCCUGAACAUCGAGAGGAUGAGGCAGAUCUACCAGCAGCUCUCCAGAUACCGCGGACUCAGUCUUCUCGCCGCGGUUCCGUCCAACAACACGGAGGACGUGGGUGUAAACGACGCCCGAGGGGCAACAGCGCCCCCUGAGUGCCGGAGGAUGCCGAGCAGCGCGCCGACUCAACCAGGGGUCGGGAGAGAGCAGACCGGCCCGAAACACCGUCCCUCCAGAUACCGACACGCCCUCGGCCACCGUACAUCGCCCUACACGAACCACGGCCACGAGUUCGCCGUCCCACAACAACCAGGGCGCUCGAGUUGGCCGGUCGGGGGCGGGACUGGAAAGAGGGAAAGGGAGGCGGAGCUUAACGGUUGCCUUGGUGAUAAUGGCCCCUCCUCCUCAGCGCAACUGAAAGAUUAUGAGAAGAGGCGGGAAGACGCAGGGGGCGUGGCCUUCUCUUCCUAAGCCCCACCCACUGACGGAUUCGCAAGAAAUGUAUCGUAAAUUUCCCUCGCGUGUUAAGCACAAACAUUCGGAGUAAUUAAAAAACGAUUAAACGGCUGAUCCAGUCAGAUUGUGGCCUAGAACUAAUU